AUGCUCCCCUUCCUCACCAUCUUCUCUCUCGCUUUGGCCUUCACCAACGCCUUGGUGGUGCCUCACCAGAAACGCUCCGGUGCUCCACUCAAGCUCGACUUCACCGUGCAAAAGUCCUUUUCCAACGCCACCUCCACCGACGAGAUCGCCUCCAGAGCGCACAAUCUCGUCUCCCACUUGGCCGUGAACAAGAGAGAGGAGUCCGCCACUCUCACCAACGACAGAGAUGUCACCUACUUGCUUGACCUCAAGCUCGGCUCCAACCACCAGCCCGUCACUGUUCUCUUGGACACAGGCUCUUCGGACCUCUGGGUGUACGGUCCCUCCGUGCAAGACGCCCAGGGUGGAACCUACGACGUCACCUCGUCUUCCUACAACCAGAAGACCGGCGAGGACUUUUUCAUUUCCUACUUGGACGGUUCCUACGCUAGCGGCGACUACUACAAGGACGGCUUUGCUCUCGAGGACGGAAACACUCUUUUGAAGGAUCUCCAGUUUGCCGUGGUGUCCAGCGGUCAGACCAACUCCCAGGGUAUCUUGGGUGUGGCUGACAAAAACCAGGAGGCCACCAACAAGAAGUACGACAACUUGCCCUGGGCUUUGCAGAAGGAGGGUGUCACUCCCAAGGCCUCCUACUCGUUGUACCUUGGUUCCGAGGCCGAGGGCAAGGGUUCCAUCAUUUUCGGCGGUAUCGACACCGAGAAGUACGAGGGUGAGUUGACCAAGUACCCCGUUGCCGGUUCCAGAGGUUUGGCUCUCAAUGUGGAAAGUGCCGAUAUCGGCGGCCAGACCAUCCAGUUGGACAAGGAGAUUCUUUUGGAUUCCGGCACCUCCUUGAACUUGUGGCCCCAGGACCUCAUUGACGCUGUGGGCAAGGAGCUCAACGGUAAGUACCAGCAGGGCUUCUACUUUGUGGACUGUGACCAGCCUACCGACAAGCACUUGACGUUUGACUUUGGCCAGAACAAGAUCGACGUUUCGUACCAGGAUCUUGUGUGGAAGUCCCAGGGCUACUGUCUUUUGGGUGUCCAGCCCGGCGAAAGCACGCUUAUUUUCGGUGAUGUCUUCUUGAGAUCGGCCUAUGUUUACUACGAUCUUUCUCUGCACGAGAUUUCGAUUGCCCAGGCCAAGUACACCGAUGCUUCCAACAUCGUCGCCGCCUAG